CAGUCCCGUGGUUCCUUCCCCUGCUCGCAGCCUUGGUUGCUUCUUACCCUGCUCACAGGAGGCAAGACAUGCCGAAAUAAAGAGAAACUUGUUCUGUGGCAGGAAAGGUCAUUUCUUCUGGCCAGGCACUUGGGAAGGAGACGGGAACGCGUAUUAUUUUAAAGGUGUGCCUCCACGCCAGCUCAGCCAUGCCACUGAUGGGACCCUACCGAGCCCUGCCCAGGGCUGCUGCCCUCAUCCUCUUCCUCCUGCUUCCGCUGCUCUGCACGGCCCCAGAUGUUUCCAGGGGAAAUAAGCUUAAACAGAUGCUUCAGAAACGUGAAGCCCCUGUUGCUGCAAAGCCUGAGGUGUCAGUGAAAGAAAGAGCGGCCAAGGAGUUCCUCAGCAGCCUGAGACGGCAGCGGCGUCAGCUGUGGGACAGGAGCCAGCCCGACGUACAGCAGUGGUACCAGCAGUUCCUCUACCUGGGAUUCGAUGAGGCGAAAUUUGAAGAUGACAUGUCCUACUGGACAAACUUAGGGCGUGCUCGUAAUGAAUACUAUGGUGGAUACUACCAACAUCAUUACGAUGAAGACUCACCAAUCGGCCCACGUAACCCACACACCUUCAGGCACGGAGCAGCUGUCAACUACGAUGACUACUAAUGUCAUCUAUGCUACUACAGUUGGUGUCUAUCAGGAGGGCUGCAUGAGGCAAGGCUGAGCCCGUCCUCAGUAAGAAGGACCCGGCUUUCCUCCUGUUCAUGUAAACCAGCAAGAGUAAAGGGAUCACCAGACUCUGAAGAAAGCAACGUGACUUUUGUUACUUACUGUUACUUAGUAGUACGCUCUAUAUAGUGUCAUAGAAA